CGUCUUCCUUUUACGCGUUCCUGAAAGAGCGUUGCAAAUAUGAACGAUACAGUCACCAUUAGGACGAGGAAGUUCAUGACCAACCGUUUGCUUCAGAGAAAGCAAAUGGUCGUCGAUGUCCUGCACCCUGGCAAGGCCACUGUGCCCAAGACGGAGAUCAGGGAGAAACUGGCCAAAAUGUACAAAACCACCCCGGAUGUGGUGUUUGCCUUUGGCUUCAGGACCCAGUUUGGAGGAGGCAAGACAACAGGCUUCGCCAUGGUCUACGACUCCUUGGACUACGCCAAGAAGAACGAGCCCAAGCACAGGCUGGCCAGGCACGGUCUGUAUGAGAAAAAGAAGUCCUCCAGGAAACAGCGCAAGGAACGGAAGAACAGAAUGAAGAAAGUUCGGGGAACUGCUAAAGCGAACGUUGGAGCUGCUGGCAAAAAGUGAGCCUGGACAUGUGGAAGAUCUCAUCUUAAUUUGUCAAAUAAACUUGAAAAACCAAA